AGAAAGAAAGAAAAAAAAAGAGAGAGAGAGAGACGCCAAAUAGAAAGCAUUUCAAAUAAGUUGUUUAAUUUUGAAUAAUACAAUGAUAUCUUUGCUGAUCAAUUUAUUGAAAAUAGAAUGGCUGUACUACAGUAAAUAGAUGUAAAUUGAUAUCUCGUUCCUUCUCCCCCCCCAACUCCCCCUAAAAUAAUUAUUUAUACAGUGUGUAUCGCACUAGCUUUUUUUGAGUCUUCAUUAUCCCCAAAGGAAAAUAAUAUAAAAAGGAAAUAGACAUCCACUCCAGCCUUUCUCCCUCUCUCUCUCUUUUCUAUUUUUUUUUAUCUCUUUUCUACUAUUGGUUUAUAUGCCUUCCGAAAAAUUUAGGAUCAAUACGAAUGGUCAAUCAUUACGAAAUCCGAGUAAUAUAUUUUUUGAUAUGACGCUUUCGGCUAAUUUGACAUUGGACGAAAGUGAUGUAUCAGCAAAUAAUGAUAGAAGAAAUGCUCAUAAUGCUUUAGAGCGUCAACGCCGAGAAUUGCUCAAUGUUAAGUUUCAGCAACUUGCACAUGCACUUCCCUCCCUUCAAACAGUGCGUCGACCUAGUAAAACUAUGAUUGUUGCAAAGUCACUUGAAUUUGUAUCUUCAAGUAUGAAACGAGAAUCAAAAUAUACUUCAGAGAUUCAAAAAUUACGCUUAGAAAACGAAAAACUCAAAAGACAAGCUCAAGCUGCAUCUAACCAUUUAAAAGAGCAAUUAGGUCAAGAAAUUGAAUCAUCAUCUACUUCUUUUGUAUCGAAAACAAAUAAGAUAUCAUCUCUUAAAAGAAAAGCGGGUUCAGAAGAACAACCAUCGUUUUCAUCAUCUACCCCUGAAAAAUUUACGCGUGAUACUGAUCAAAAUACUAUUCAUAAAAAAAAGAAGAAAACGCAAAAACAGCGAAUAACUCCAGUAAAACAAAAGACUACUACUACAAAGUCUUCUUCCAGGCAAUCUAAUCUUGCUGCUUCUGAUACUAUGAUACCUAUUCCUAUUACUACUUCGUUACUUGAGACACCUUGGCAGCAGUCUUUUUCGAAUCAAACAACUAUAAAUUCAUACCAUGAUAAUACCCAACCUUCUUCUAUUGCAUACUUAGAUAUCGCAGUAUCAACUCCUUAUACCUCGUCAAGUGAAGCAUCAAAUGACAACCUGAUGUUUAUGCCAUCUACUACGAAUACUACGAAUACUACAGCUACUACUACUACUACUUCUACUUCUACUAAUUCAUACAACCUUAACAUCCAACAUCAAACUAAUUCUUCAUUACUACCACUACCUAUGAGAGAAAGAUCGUUUCCUUUAUCAACAGUAACACAGCCAAAUAAUAUUCAUCCUAUGAUUUUUACACCGUAUUAUAUGUCACCUCCUGUUACUGGAGAUAAAGGUAAUAAAAGGAUGAAUUUUUGUAUAAUCAUCAUCAAACUAAUACCCUUAAUAUAUAUGUAUGUAGCUUCAUAUAAUUCUGACACGUUUGAACAUCAAUGUCAACAAAAUAGUAGUAGCAGUGAUCAUUUCUAUUUGACCUAACUAUUAUUUGUUGUUUAUUAUUACUGGUAUAUGAUAAAUAACGAAAAAAUCCAACAAGAUCAAAUUAUAGUUCAUCUUUUUUAAUAAACUCUAAAUGUACAUAAAUAAUAUGAACAAAUCAAACAAAUACCUAGUUAAAACGUUCU